AUGCUAUUCGAAAUUGUUGCAUUUUGUGCGUCUAUUUUACUCGUUAUAUACGCCUUCAAUAAAUACAGCCGUAAGAAAUGUACAGCUCCUGGACCACCACACGGGCUACCAAUUCUUGGAAACCUUCUCCAGGUGUUUGACAAACAGGUGUUCCUAAAACUGUGCGAUUGGCAAAAGGAGUUCGGAGAUGUCUACAAAUUGAAUCUGUUUACUGAAGAAGUUGUUGUGGUGAAUGGAGAUGCCAUUUAUGAUGUCUUAGUUACGAGCGGGGAUGAUUACGGUGGGCGAGUCCAGGCAGCACGCAAUAAAAUCUACUCCAACGGCUUCAGAAGUAUUGGCUUUAGACAUCCUGAUAAAGAAUGGAAGACCAUGCGGAGGAUUGCUCAGAAAGGUUUGAAGCAGUACGGAGAAGGCGUGGCCAACAUUGAGCGUAUCAGUAUGGAAGAGAUUCGUGAAUGCCUUGAUAAGUUUGACAAAACAGAGCCUUUUGAUCCGUAUGACGCCAUUAACGAUAUGGUCAUUGGAAUCAUCAUAAUAGUUUCAAUGGGUGUGAAACUGGGUGCCGAUGAUCCGUUACACCAGAAGAUAAAACGUGCUGAAAAACUGUUCCCUCUUGCGUUUGGAGUUGAUUUAUCAUACCUCGAUGUGGUUCCUUGGCUAAGAAAUCUUCCCAACAAGGCUACUAAAGUUUUUAAUGAUGCAAUCGAGGCAGCGCGAGAAAUGGAAUCAGAAAUUUUUCAGAGAUCAAUGUCUAACGUUGAGAAGUCAAAGAUUGAUGGUGUAUUUGAUGCCAUUAAUUCGAACAACGAAUAUUUGGACAAAUCCUUCAUUAAAGGCAUGACCAACGAUAUUACAAUUGCUGGGACGAUGACAACAACAGCACAAAUCAAAUCAAUGAUUGCAUUAACAGUGGACUAUCCGAAAGUGCAACAGAAAUUACAAGACGAAAUAGAAACGGUGUUAGGACAAAGAUUACCAACGUAUGAGGAUCGGCGCUCAAUGCCAUACAUGGAGGCGUUCAUAUUGGAGUCAAUGCGUUAUAUGUCGGAGGCUGCAGUAGCUAUACCGCACGAAACUCUGAAGGACGUAACAAUGAGGGGGUACUUCAUACCUAAAGGCACCCAGAUUUGGCCAAACCUGUAUGGACUUCAUCACGAUGAGCGGUUCUUUCCAGAUCCCUACGCGUUUAAACCCGAGAGAUUCCUGGACUCAAAAGGUGAAGUGAUACCAGCGGAUGAGAGAAAAUAUUUAAUGCCAUUUGGGGCUGGCAAAAGAGUAUGUAUUGGAGAACAGCUGGCCAGGAUUCGAAUGUUCCUAUUCAUGACCACCUUGCUUCAGCGCUACACACUGUGCCCUGAGCGGGAAGGAUGCCCUCCAAACUACGACUCGCGCAAGUCAGUACUUGGAAUAGUAAUGCAGAUGCAUCCCUACAAGAUAAAGACAGUCAAGAGAUAAUGCAUGUACACUUUAUUACAAAAUAUGAACACAGCUCUCAAUUUUGACAGAAAAUGAAAAUUUUGAGAAGAAUGAAUAUAUCAAUGAAAAAUGAAGAAUCAAGUUACAUAAAUCUGAGACUAUAGAUUCCAAGUAGAUUAUCGGACCUGU